UUGAACAAGAGCAUCCUUUAACAUCUUAGGAAAAUUAUCAUAUAGUCAAAGAAAUAUCUAAGAAAGUCAGUAUUGCAGAUAAAAGUUAUGACAAACCAAAAUACAUUUAAGAUAUUGUGUUAAAACGGUAUUUUUUCAAAUACAUUACAGAAUCAGAAUAAAGUGAUUAUUAUUCUUAAAAAAAUAAUAAAAUAUUUGAGAUAUUUGUCCCUCACUGUAUGCCCAAAAAGUAUGUGGACACCUGAACAUCACACCCUUAUGUGCACCUUCCCCAGACUUCAAUACUUGGACUUCAGAGUACUCGUUACAUAUCUCGAAGGUCUCUUCGUAUCUCGUACAGCCAAGGACUCAGUGGCUACGUUUACAUGCACAUCAUUAAUCCGACAUUAAUUGGAAUUAGAUUCAGAUUAAGACAAUAUUCAGAAAAUCCACUGAAAGGAGAUAUAUGCACAUGCUCAGUCCGCAAGGAAUUGUGGGUGCUAACAGAUGCUUAGCUGUAGGCUAGGUAUUUAGGGAUGGCAACUCAGUCGUACUAACAACAACCAUGUAUACAGGAAUAUUCUGAAGCCUGUACGCAUAUAAAUAUUGUAUACAGAAUAUGUCUGCAACCCAAAUAUAGACCCUGAAGGAAUCUGAUGUGCAUGUAAACGUAGCCUAAGACUGUAUGCUAUAUAUCAAUCGAAUGGGCACGGUUUUGCAUCCAAUCAUUAAUGUAGAAAAAAACAUCAUGCCAAUUCAUUAUAUGCUGCGGCCUGCUCAUGCUAUGCAAUGUAGUUAGUGCUAUAGCUAUCCGUGUGCAUCUGAAGAUGAAUAAGCCACCGGGCUGCAGUGACGAACUUGAGUAUGAGCGCCCUGGCCCUACCUCAGUAAAAUGUUUCAAUAUGCUGGAGUAAGCAUAUAAAAUGAGGUGUCUCAUUUGCCUCAUCACAAACCUGAUCACAAACCUGAUCAGUGUCAUUAACCUGGCAGUUUUCAAAGCACUGUACAGUAAAUCCCUGGGCUGCGGAGCAAGUCAACCCUGAUGUUGACAAUAAAACUGUUAUGAGACAGGUCUGGAAUGUCAUUUGCAUUGAACCAGGAACAUUCGUCAGGCGCAUACCUCUCCCAGUCCACAAGGUAUAGCAUGUGACAAUGUUAAGUAAUCUCUUUACAAGCUGGUCCACCCUUAAUCCUUAGUUGUGAAGGCGGUCCAUUUGCCAAUGAGUGGGAGGAAGAUAAACAGGUUUGAGUAAUAAUGGACGCAAUUCUAUAUGACUGUGGAAAUACUAGGUGGUAAGAGACUGGAUUAACUUGGACAAGUAUUUUAGAAGGGCCAAUGAAUCUUGGACUUGUGGUAUGGGAGUCUCAGGCAAAGUGGUUGGUGGUUGGAAUCCUAAGACUGUAGCCUGGGGAGGUGUGGGAAGAGGAACCAGAUGACAUGCUUUAGAGAAAGAGUUGCUAAUAAGUUUGGUAGUGAAUCCUUGUAAAACUGGUAGAUCAGUUCUGAGCAUUGUGGUAUGGGUAGAGGUUCUAAGAUACCUACGGGAAGAUGGUGGGAAGUUCUAGUUUGUGCACAAGCUGAGCAUUCUUUGUCAAAAUUCAUCACAUUGUUGUUCAAAUAGGACCAUCAGAAUCUGUUGGUUACCAGGGAGAUGUCUGAUGGUGACAUUUAAUUGUUUAUACCAUGUACUGCAAGGUGUUGCAGUGGGUAGCAUUGCUACCCUGAUGCUUCUUUUUUCCCUGAAUUGAUCCUAGCUUAGGUUACUGGUGUUUUGCAUGUUCUCACCAUGUCUGCGUGGGUUUCCUCCAGUUUCUCUGGUUUCUUUCCAUCUCCCAAAAACAUGGUGGUAAGACUGGCUACACUAAAUUUCCCCUAGGUGUGAAUGAGUGUGGAAAUAUAUGUGUGCAUAGUGCUUUUCCAUGGAAGCUUAGACACACUGUGAACCUGACCAGGAAAAAGUAGACAAUGAAGAUGAAUAAAUGAAUAAUAUUUGACGGUAAAUGUCUGUCUAAUCAAAAGACAACUCAUUACAUACACAUAUUACAAAAGCAUGGAAUUGGCUGUGCAUUAUGCAGCCUACAUUAUGGACUAGGCAAAGCUUCUGUAUCCUUUCUCUCUCAUGUAGUGUGUUUCUAGAAAUUUGAUAAAGCGUGCUUAAUAGCCUCUACAAAAGCUGAUGCACAGCAGUUUUGCACAGCAGUUUCUGACCUAUACAAUAGCCCAGUGAACAGCCUGGAUUUGUCUGCAUUUGACCAAGCUUGCAGGAUAGUUCAGUCACAGGUUAUUACUCAUGUAAACCACUUUGAGCACAUGGUGAGCACAAAGGAAUUGUGCAAUCUGUCAGCAUUGUACCUGUUGUCUAUAAAAGAUGUACUCAGCCAUAGCUCUUGUUUCAACUUGGGGCUCAUGAAUUUUCAAACUAUAGGCAUUAAAGGCUCGAGGAACAAGUAACAAUUCAGAAGGAUCUACAGAGAAAAGGUACAAUUAUUUCUUUGCAAAAAUAUUUUGGUUCCAUUUGUGAGUUGAGUUGCUUCAGUUUCUAUUUGCAAUGUCACAUGACUAGGAUAUUGUAUUAGUCUGUGAUCUAUAUAUUGUAACAGAAAAUAUUUGCCACCGCUAAGUAACAAAUUUUCUACAUGACUACUACUCAUUCUCAUUAAUUUAGGAAACAGCCUUAAUGGAUUCAGACCAAAUAGAUGGAGGCAGUCUCAGCCAUGGCAAAAAGAAGGGGGUAAGGGAAAGUGGGGAACAAGUAGCCUCUUCAGAAUGGGACAGAAGAAGGUUUGAUCUGCCCAUAGUCCAGACUGAUUUAUCUGCUCCAAGCCCCACUGACAACUCCACUAUAAUUUCAAUUGGCCCACACUGCUGGCCCACAGUCUCCACUGAAUCACAGCCUGAUGACUACACUUAUACGGAUGAAUGGAAUAGAGAAGGCCACCCAGACAACCUACCUCCAGAGGCAGGUGUUUCUAGUGUUUCUAAACAAACAAUGGAGGAACUGAAAAGCCUAUUGAGAGAGCGCUCCAUACUAAAUACAAGAGAGAGAGAUGAAGACCAAUUAGUUGGUCAUCGCCACACUCCUGGACAGAGAAUUGACUGUAAACCAGAUGACAUACCAUCCAAGUCCUUCACAACCUUCAAGCCCACUCUAGGGAGUAGUAGAAGAGCAAGAGAUAGUGCUUCAUCUGACUGGGAAUCUGGUGGGUCAUUGAAGACUGGUGGGCAUACAAACAGGCCCACCAGUUUUAAGUUACCCACUAGUGAAAGAACAUACUGGGUCAACACUGGGAUAUCGCAGACAGAUAACAAUGAGAAUCCACAAACAGAAUACCAUGGAUCCCAAAACUUCAUUACAGAGGUUGAACACAUAAAGCAGCAGAUCAGCCGUGAGAAUAUAGGCUUUGUUCGCUUUGAAGCCACUGAUCUCCAUGGUGUAUCUAGAUCUAAGACAGUCCCUGCUUCCUUAUUUCAGGAAAAAGCGGUUUAUGGUGUGCCUAUGCCUAGAAGCUACCUGGAGCUGACACUGAGCCCCAAGGAAAAUGAGGUUGAUCAUCCAAUUGCUCCCAAUUUCAACAGUGAUAUUCUUCUGAUCCCUGAUCUCUCCACCUUUCGAGCCCUUCCCUGGGCUGAGCAGACUGCUCGUAUCAUUUGUGAUCCUUGUACAAUCACAGGGAUCCCUCUGCGCACUUCUCCUCGCCUGAUUGCUAAGCUGAUGCUUGCUCAGCUUCAAGCCAUGGGAUUCUCCAUCAAUUCUUCUUUCACAUAUGAAUGCUGCAUCUUUGGAUUACCAGAACGGAUAGGCCCCAAGGUUGUAUUUUUCCCUGCCACUACUUUACUGAGUAAUCAUGACAUGCCUUUCUUACAGCAACUGGUGAGAGGGAUGUACCACAUGGGCAUCAGUGUGGAUAGCUUUGCAUCUGCCAGUGGUCCAGGACAGAUGGAAAUCUGCUUCAAGCCUAAAUUUGGAAUUGAAGCUGUUGACAGUGCCUUCACCUUUCGUACUGGAAUUAAAGAAAUGGCCAGGAAGUAUGACUAUUUUGCCACCUUCCUUACUGAUGACACCAUCUACAAUUCUGGCUGCCUGUCCCACAGCCUAUGGGAUGCCAAUGGCAGGAGAAAUCUUUUCUAUUCAGGCACUAGCGAGAUAUCCGAGAUUGGCAAGAAAUGGCUUGGAGGGCUUCUCCACCACUCACCAGCUCUAAGCUGCCUAAUGGCACCAGGGAUAGGCUGCCGCACUCAGCUUUCCAAAGGCAGUAUUUCAAAGAGCACAUUCAAUGCCACUUGUGGCUGCAAUGACAACAGUUGUGCUUUUAAUGUUAAGGUUCACGGUGGGCGGGAGACCCACAUUGAGAACAAGCUUGGCUCAGCAAUGGCAAACCCUUACAUAGUCUUGGCAGCUACCAUUGCAGCCGGAUUGGAUGGUAUCAAGCGUGACCUCUGUGCAGAACUUUACAAAGCUCCAGUGCAGCAAAAACAGUUUGCCAUACCUGUUAAACUGGAGGAUGCCUUAGUGGCCCUGGGAGAAGACAGUGUGAUCUGUGGGGCACUGGGUGAGCCAUUUGUGUAUUAUUUCAUUGCCAUGAAACGCCUAGAGAUUGAGACACAGGAGACUGAUACAGACAGGAACAAAAACCUGGAAUACUUCAUCUAGAUAUAAUUUCAGAAGUCAGGUAGAAUAUAAUGCAAAAAUCACUUCUGAGGAACAUAAAGGGAUAGGGGUAAUGGAGAGGUAGUUUUGUCUAGGUCUUACACCUUUUAUGGGUCUGUGUCUGGGACUACCAAGACACUGGAAAACGACCUUGUCAUCUUCGAAAUGUGCCAUCGUUUCAUUUGAACAACCCACAAAAACCUGCACAUUCACAUAUUACUACUUCAUUUUUAUUACCUCAUCCCACAUUAGAAGAAUGGACAAGCAAAUAGCUAAAAAACCUAUUUUUCUUAAAAACUGUGAAUGUUUCAGACCUUCAAAACUGAAUUUCAACCCAUUUUCAAAAGCCUAUGAAGAGCCUUUAUAUAAAAUGAAAAAAAGUUAAAUUCUUACCUUAAUGAUAAAGCAAAACUUUAUGAUAGUAUUUUAUGAAAGUAUUUAUUUUCUUUGAACCCUCGACCCAGGCUACACUACUCAACGGGAUGUUACAAAUAAAUGUUUUUACUUUCACAUAUAAAGAUGGGUUUACUAUGUAUGUCUUGAGCUGUUUUCAUCCUGCAUAUUUUCAUCUGUUAUGCAUUAUAGGACAACCUUCUAAAUAUUUUACCCUUUUUAAUCUGAAACCAUAAGACAAAAAUAUGUGCAAAAGAAAAAAAAAACAUCCCUCCCAACAGGUUGCCUUUAACAGGUUGCCUUUAACCUGUUGGAAGGGACGUUUUUUCUUCUGCGCAUCUACUGGCUAAGCAAAAUGUCAUCUUUUUCAUGACGUU